GGUAACGAUUUUGGUUCAUAUGGAUCAAUUAAAUUGCUCCGAAGAUGAAACUGAUGCAGGUGUUUCAGAUCUGGAUGUAAUGUCUGACGGUGAAUCUGAAUAUAGUAACCAUGAUUCAAACACUGAGCAGUCCGUAGGUGAAACUGAUUAUGAUACAGAUGACAAUAAUAAUAAUCCGUCGAAGAAUGAAACAACAAAGAAAUUUAUCCUGGGAAGAGAUAAAACUACAAAAUGGUUUCACGACCCACCGAAUCCAAAAGUUCGAACCAAACGGCAAAAUAUUGUCAUCCGUCUUCCAGGAGUUAAAAAAUGCGCCAAAGAUGCCAAAACCCCUCUAGAUUGUUGGAGCCUAUUUAUUCCAAAUGAAACGAUUGUACAAAUUGUUUAUAAUACAAAUAUCUUCUUGGAAAACUUACGCCUUACAAAUAAAAAGAAGUCAGAAAUUCAACCCACAUCGGUCGAAGAAAUACAGGCAAUGAUUGGAUUAUUAUACCUGAUAGGUGUACAUAAAGCUUCGCGACUUAACUUAAAGGAAUUGUGGGCGACUGAUGGUUCGGCGCCGGAUUGUUUUCGUGCAGUGAUGUCCAUGACGCGAUUCUAUAAUUUAUUGUCGGCGUUAAAGUUCGACGAUAUAAAUGAUCGUGACGAUCGUAAAAAAUUGGAUAAUUUGGCACCUAUUCGAGAAUUUUCGGAAAAUUUUAUUAAACCAUGUCAAGAAAAUUAUACACCUGGUGCUUUUUUAACCAUCGAUGAAAUGCAACAAGCUUUUCGAGGCCGAUGUAAAUUUCGACAAUAUAUUGCCAAUAAACCGGCUAGAUAUGGCAUAAAAAUUUACUCUAUGACAGACUCCAAAAAAUUUUACACUUACAAUAUGGAAAUAUACUGUGGGAAGCAGCCACCAGGACCUUUUCAAAAGUCUAAUUCAGCAUUUGAUGUUGUUCAAAGAUUGACCUCUCCAAUACUGAACACUGGUAGGAAUAUCAUCUGCGAUAAUUACUUCACAUCUGUACCUCUGGCCAACCACUUGUUAAAAAAUAAAACAACUCUUGUCGGAACAAUAAGACGAAAUAAACGUGAAAUUCCGAAUGAAAUGACUAAUAUUAAAACUCGAUCUAUUUAUAGCAGCAAAUUUGUUUUUAGUGAUAAUAGUACGUUACUGUCAUACGUCCCUAAAAAAUCGAAGAACGUUUUGAUGUACUCGACUUUACACUAUCCAGUGAUAUUGAUGUAGACACUGGAGAAAAACUAAAACCUGAGAUCAUUACUUUCUAUAAUGGUACUAAAGCUGGUGUAGACGUUGUAGAUCAACUCCAAGGCGAGUAUGAUGUUGCUCGGGACACACGACGCUGGCCGAUGGUCAU